CAUCCGUCUCAGAGCCAAGUUAAGGUCAGUAGGAGUGUUUUUGCAGACGGGAAAAGGUGGGAUGUCAUCAACUUUCACACCAUAUAGCCCAAUUUGUCAGUGACAGCUGGGUUACUCUGCAAAUCCAGACGUUUCUCUGACACCGCUGGUCACCUGCUGAGAUACACGCACAUGGAGGCCCACCUUUCCCCGCUCAGAACCAGUCUGGGAGGUGGUCUCCAUCAUCUCCCAGUCUGGGAGGUGGUCUCCAUCAUCUCCCAGUCUGGGGAGGUGGUCUCCAUCAUCUCCCAGUCUGGGAGGUGGUCUCCAUCAUCUCCCAGUCGGGGAGGUGGUCUCCAUCAUCUCCCAGUCUGGGAGGUGGUCUCCAUCAUCUCCCAGUCUGGGAGGUGGUCUCCAUCAUCUCCCAGUCUGGGAGGUGGUCUCCAUCAUCUCCCAGUCUGGGGAGGUGGUCUCCAUCAUCUCCCAGUCUGGGAGGUGGUCUCCAUCAUCUCCCAGACUGGGAGGUGGUCUCCAUCAUCUCCCAGACUGGGAGGUGGUCUCCAUCAUCUCCCAGUCUGGGGAGGUGGUCUCCAUCAUAUACCAGACCUGGAGGUGGUCUCCAUCAUCUCCCAGUCUGGGAGGUGGUCUCCAUCAUCUCCCAGUCUGGGGAGGUGGUCUCCAUCAUCUCCCAGUCUGGGGAGGUGGUCUCCAUCAUAUACCAGACCUGGAGGUGGUCUCCACCAUCUCCCAGACUGGGAGGUGGUCUCCAUCAUCUCCCAGACUGGGAGGUGGUCUCCAUCAUCUCCCAGACUGGGAGGUGGUCUCCAUCAUCUCCCAGUCUGGGAGGUGGUCUCCAUCAUCUCCCAGUCUGGGAGGUGGUCUCCAUCAUCUCCCAGUCUGGGAGGUGGUCUCCAUCAUCUCCCAGUCUGGGAGGUGGUCUCCAUCAUCUCCCAGUCUGGGAGGUGGUCUCCAUCAUCUCCCAGACUGGGAGGUGGUCUCCAUCAUCUCCCAGUCUGGGAGGUGGUCUCCAUCAUCUCCCAGUCUGGGAGGUGGUCUCCAUCAUCUCCCAGUCUGGGAGGUGGUCUCCACCAUCUCCCAGACUGGGAGGUGGUCUCCAUCAUCUCCCAGUCUGGGGAGGUGGUCUCCAUCAUCUCCCAGUCUGGGAGGUGGUCUCCAUCAUCUCCCAGUCUGGGGAGGUGGUCUCCAUCAUCUCCCAGUCUGGGGAGGUGGUCUCCAUCAUAUACCAGACCUGGAGGUGGUCUCCACCAUCUCCCAGACUGGGAGGUGGUCUCCAUCAUCUCCCAGACUGGGAGGUGGUCUCCAUCAUCUCCCAGACUGGGAGGUGGUCUCCAUCAUCUCCCAGUCUGGGAGGUGGUCUCCAUCAUCUCCCAGUCUGGGAGGUGGUCUCCAUCAUCUCCCAGUCUGGGAGGUGGUCUCCAUCAUCUCCCAGUCUGGGAGGUGGUCUCCAUCAUCUCCCAGUCUGGGAGGUGGUCUCCAUCAUCUCCCAGUCUGGGAGGUGGUCUCCAUCAUCUCCCAGUCUGGGAGGUGGUCUCCAUCAUCCAUGCUGCCAAAGUCCUGGAGCUCAUCAGGACAGGCGGCGCUCAUGAUCAGGAACGGUUGGCUCAGCUGCCGUGUCCACGUGUGACAGUAACUCAUCAACUACGUCUCCUUUGCUGCUAGUUUAAAACUCGGCCAGCUUCUGAAUCGAAUGCAUUCUUUUCCCUUUCUGUUUAGAAAGGCUGCCUGUCGGUGGAGCUUAAAACCAGAGUCCAGCCAGUCGUAGAACACGUCUGGAUCUGCUUUUUCUACGAAACAACAGCCAAAACAACAGCAGGAGCCACGGUUCUUAACAGCUAGCAGCUGUGACGCCACAUGCCUUCCUCAGCUCCCCUGGUGGGGUUGAUCGGCGGCUGAUGACAUCACGGUGGGGAUGACUUCUGUGAGCCGGACUCAGAGAGCCCCGCCCUGCUACGUGACACGGG